AGCAGGAUUUGUCUCGAACUUGUUGGGAUCCACGCAGCUGCUGCACUCAUCGAAUGCUAACGGAGAAAACCGUGUACAUCUACUCCUUCACAUUUAUUGCGUCAUUACUCCACUUCGGAAAGUGAGAAGAGAAUGGCGUCAAACGGCUGCUUUAUUGCGGCCCUCAUCGCACGUACCCAUGACCGUCUGCCGCUCUGCAGCUACACCGACGAGAACUAUAGCAACGCCAACGUUAUCCGGCAACAGGAGCAGCGCAUUGUUGAGCGGAUGGAGACGCCCGCCGGCGGGACGGACCGCGCCGCGGCGAAGGGCAGCUACUACGAGAGUUUUGAUCACAAGGACAACGUCUACUUUGCCUUCCAGGAUGCUGCGACGGACCUGACAUUGGUGGUGGCGGUGAACAAGCUGUUACUGCGCAACUCGGGCGACAUCAACGGCACGAACAAGUUAGCGUGUGGGCUUCUGGAUCUCAUCUUUGCGGAGUUCAUUCAAAUGUACACGACGGAGGAGAUCACGGCGCCAAACCUGCGCGCUUAUCAGUUCAUCAAAUUCGACACCACCCUGCGCAAGUGCGUGACGCGCAUCAUGCAACAAGACCGCACGACGGGGGACGGCAUUGUGGUGGGUAACGCGGCGGCCGCGGCGGGGCACAGCGGUGGUGGGGCCAACGGUGCGGUGGGUAGCGGCGGUGGUGGCACCGGCAUGACACGCAGACAGGUGAACCCACAUUACGAUGCACUACGGCAAGAGAUUACGGACGUGCACAUGGUGAUGCGAAAGAACCUGGAGGACCUCAUGACACGUGGUGAGGGCCUCGACACGAUGACGAACUACUCCGCCGAGCUGGUCGAUCAGAGCUCCCGCUACUACCGAAAAACGGUGCAAAUGAACCGCAUGCGACUGUUGAAGACGUACGGACCACCGGCGGUGAUCGGCACCUUUCUGAUCCUCUUCUUUUACUUCUACUUCUUCUGA